AUGGAGUAUAAUAAAUAUUAUGAAAACAGAAAAAUGGAAAAAUUCAUAAUCUCUAAAAACAAUUAUGAAAGCAAUGAUGAUAGGAAGAACUGUGCAGUAGAUUACCUGAACCCAGAAUUUCUGCAUGAUGAAUUGACGAGAUUAAAUAUAUUCACAAUUAUUAAAAAUGAAAUAAUAAACGUAUUAUCAGUUAUUAAAAAACAUGAAUAUAAUAAAAAUUUAGAUUCAAGUAUUGUAGACGCAUUAUUUAUCCUAUACAAUAGUAUCAGCAAUUUAAAUAACAAUUUAAAGGAAGAAAUAGAUAUACAAGAAUUUAAUAAUAAGUUAGAUAUAUAUCAUAUAGCUCCCUUUUUAAAUAUUAUAAGAAAUAAUAAUAUUUUUUACAAAAUAAAAUUAAACGCAUUGCAUUCGUUAGACCAUAUAUUAAAAUACAAUAGUAGCUAUUUCAAUGAAAAGACAUAUGAUGAAAAUUCUCGAAGAAAUCGUGAAUCAUUUAUAUACGUUUACAAUGAACAUGAAAUUAAGAAUAAUAAAAACGGAAAUUUAAAUAAAAAAGAGAUAAAUGAUUCGCAUGAGAACAAUUCUGUCAAAGUGAAUGAUGAAAAAAAUGACGAUAGCGAAGUGUUAUCAUCCAAGAUGAAUGAAAAAAUACCAAAAAAAAAAAAAUAUCAUUUCUUUUCAAAAAAUUAUAAGUUAUCCAAAAAAUUUCAUCUUAAAAAAGAAGAAAAUUCAGAUUUCUUAAUUAACAAAGGAAAUAAUAUUAUUAACAUUAGUAUAGAAACCUUGCUAUGUGCACCUAUUAACUACAACAAUGUUAAUCAUGAAGAAAUUAUAUUAUAUGACACCAUAAUUUUAUUUAAUAACAUUUUGUGCAAUGCCAUUAAAGUUGUUGACAGAAAAAAUAUUAUAAAGAUAAUUUGUUACAUUUUUAAAGUAUACAAGAAUAAUAAAUAUUCCUUGUUGUUUAAGGGAAAUUGUGAAGCCAUAAUAAAAAACAUUUUUUGCAUCGUAAUGAAUAAUGUAACGAACAAUAACCUAAGAGCAAGUAUGAGCAAUGUUAUCAGCACUGUAGUUAAUACAUCUAGUAUCAUAUGCAAAAAUCCAACAAACAACACUUCAAUGAAUUCUUCUACCAACAUAGAUGAUGAUUUCAUAAAUGAUAUAUUAACUAUCAUUCUUAUACUAAUGAAUAAUAAUAAAAAUAAAUUUGUAGCGGAUUUAUUAAAAACGAAGGAGUGCAUCGGCUUAUACAAUGACUUAUUUGAAAAUGAAAUUUCUAAUGAUAAUUUAGAAUGCAUUAAUAUAUUAUCCUUCAGAUUAUUAAACAUUUUAUUGGAAACCUGUGGAUAUACGUUAAUAAAUAAAAAUUUUGAUUCAUUAUCUAACAUUAUAAGAUGCUUAUUUUUACACAUUACUUCUUCAUCGUAUAUACUAAUGUGCAGAUCAAUGAGAAUGUACAUUAAUAUUUUUAUUCUUUAUAAAAAGCAUUUUUGUAUUUAUAACGAAAUAUUUAUUAAUAUAUUAUUAAGCAUACUGAAAAAAAGUCCUUCCAAAAAUGUUACAGAAACGGCUUUGCUAACGUUGUCAUAUUUUUGUCUAGAAAAUGUUUUAUUUGAAAUUUAUUACAAUCAUGAUGUUAAUUUAUAUGCAUCUGAUUUGUUGGAAAAUUUUUUGAGAGCCGUAUUAGAAUUAUGUGUUAAUUUUAUUCACAAUACAACCAUUAUGAAUGAAGUUAUUUUUAAAAUGAUAAAGAACAUUUUGCAUAUAUUAAUUCCAUAUGUCGGUCCUAGUACUACACUCAGUGUUGGUAACAACAAUAAAAGUAGUAGUAGUACCUUCUUAAGUGAUGCUAAUAACCGAAUGAAUGAAAUAAGUGGAUAUACAAAUCAGCUAAUAAGUGAAUUUAGAAAUGAUUUAUAUUUAGAUAUUUUCGGCUAUGUAACAAAUUGCGGAAAAAUUGAACUCAAGAAAAGCACAUAUGGAAGUAGAAUCACCAAUGAGAAAAUGGAUGAAAAAAAAAAAAUACAAAAAAAAAAAUGUACAGACAAGGAAGAAAAUGUGGAAAUAAUAAAUACACGCACGGUAGGUUCCUUCAGUGCAUCAUCUAAAGGGAAACAAAAAGAAAGAGAAACAAUUCAAGAGAAGGAUAAUAAUGAAAAAAAUAUUAGUAAAAAUGAAAAAGACAUGGAAAAUGCAUUAGAAAGAUGCGAAUCCAAAAAAAGUAACAUGAACGAACUAUAUUCCCUCAAUUUUUUGACAUCAAGUAAGGAUAGAAACUAUAUACUCCUUUGUUCCAUACUACUGUUUGAACAUGUGAAAGAGUUCAUAAAAGUAGACUAUAUUAAGAAUAAAGAACAUUUAAUGAGAAAAAAAAAAAUAAGGAAAGAAAUAUUAAAAAAAUCAGCAACAAUUUUUAAUACACUAAAAAAUAAAUCAAUUGAGGAAUUAAUCAAAAUGAAAAUGAUAGAAACCACUGAUACCUUUAAUCAGAUCGAUAGAAAUGAUUCUAUACUCUCUUCAGCAAUGAUACAUAAACAUGAAAAUUUUAUUGUUAACUCUAAUCCGUCAUAUGAUGAAAAAUCAUGCGUUUCCAAAGAGAUGGAAAUCGAAAAAAUGAAUUAUGAUAAUAAAUUUAAUAAUAAAUGUAAUUUGGACGACUCUAAAAAUAAUGACGAUAUUGCAGUCGUAGCUGUAAACAGCAGAGAUACCAUUAAUUGCAAUGUGAAUAUCACGAAUGAAAAUAAAUGUGAAGAUAAGGAACCUAAUUCAGGUACGAAGAAUUCCUAUUAUUUAAUCGGAGAAAACAAUGACACUAUAAAAGGUACAGAAAAUGAAACAUUCAAUGAUCAUAACGAUAAAGAACAAUUACAUAAUCAAAAUACCAAUGGAGUAAGCGAUAAUAAUAACAAAAAGGAUGAAAAGAGAGAAUCUUGCUCAAAUGUGGAAUCGUUAGAAAGUGCUAAUCCAAAUGGAAAUCUCAAUACAAUCAUAUAUGAUAACAUGUAUGUAUGUAAAACCAAAACAUCAGAGGAAAUUUCUAACGAUAUGCAUGUGAAAAAUGAAGAAAAAGAUUUAGAUAUAGAAGAAAAGAAAAAAGAAAAACAUAAUGAGACGAACAAGUCAAAUGUUGCAUACUCAGAAAAUAAUGAUUCACAAAAUAAUUUAGAAAAAAAGAGCAUUUGUAAUGGCCAAAAAAAUUUAAUGGAAGAUGAACAUUUUUUAAAAUCCAUAGCAAAAUUUUUGAGGUACAAUCCAUUUUUAGAUAAAGAAUUUGUAGGAGAAUAUAUUUCACACAGAAAAAAUAUAAACAUUUUAAAAAAAUAUGUACGACUUUUUGACUUCUGUAACUUGUCGUUACUUUCAUCGUUAAGAUUAUUUCUACAUUGUUUUAAAUUACCUGGUGAAGCACAAUUAAUCGAAAGGAUAUUAGAACAUUUCAGCUUGUGUUUUUUUUAUGCAAAUCCGAUAUGUGAAGAUUUAGAUAAGGUAUACAAAAUGGAGGAUGAUAAAGUUGUUUGCAUGUUGAAAGAGGAAGAAUUGGCUAAUACAAAGAGAUACCUAUUGAUAGAUUUCCUGAACGAUAACUCCACUGAAUUUGGUAGUAAUGGAAAUAAUAACAAACCGAAUGAAGAAAGUGAAAAGGUUGCAAACAAUGAUAACAAUAGCGCGAAAGGAGAUAAUAUGAUUCAGCUGAAUGGAGAUAUAUCAGACACACAGAAAAAAAUUGAACAUGAAAAGAAGAGAAGGAAAAAAAGAAAUUUAGAAUAUAAGAGUGCUUAUGAAAAGAUAAAUUUUAAAAAAGAUGUUGACAUAGAAAAUUAUAUACAUAGAAAUGUGUAUUUUAUUUCGAAAAAGAUACAACUAAUGAGUGAAGAGGAAAUCCAAAAAAAGUAUGUGAUUGUUGAAAAUAGUGAUGUAAUAUUCAUUUUAACUUAUUCUAUCAUUAUGUUGAACACAGAUUUGCAUAAUAAUCAGGUGAAAAAUAAAAUGAAAUUGGAAGAAUUUAUUAAAAAUAAUAGGGGAAUAAAUAACGGGAAGAAUAUAGAUAGAAUAUAUUUAGAAAAUUUAUACACUUGUAUAUUACAUGAAGAAAUUAAAUUAUUCACAAAUACGCAAAAUUCGUACACUAAUGAUAAUCAAUAUUGGAAACUGCUAGAAAAAAGAAAAGAACAAUAUAAGAAUUAUCAUUCAUUUAAAGCUAAGGAAGUAUAUUUUUACAAAUUUGAUAUAAACAAAUUACUAAUUAUGAAUAAUUUCAUUCCAAUUUUUUUUGAAAUUUUUAAACGUACUAAUGAUUACAGCCUGACAGAAAAUUGUCUGUGUAUAUUUAAAAUGGCAAUAAAUAAUUUAGCAUAUUAUAACGAUAUAGAAAAUAUUAACAAAUUAUGUUACAUAUUUAAAUACAUAAAUUUCUAUUUAACACAAAAAUCACAGUCAUUAAUAUAUCUUUUAUUUCAUCUUAUUAAAAGAUGUCAUAAUUUAUUUCGAGACGGAUGGGUAGUAUAUGUAAACACAUUAUGCAAAUUAAUUACUCUAGAUCUGGCUCCAAUAUUUUUUUAUCCUCAUAUAUAUGUAAACAAUACCCAAUUUAACAAUGAUAAGAAUAUUCUAAAUAGGAAAUAUAAGAAGGGAAAUUGUGUUGAAACCUAUAAUACAAAUAAAAGUAUAACAGAAAUAUAUCAACACCCAUUUUUGAUAUUCAAAAAGAAUAUUAAGAAAAUGAAUAAGUCCAAAUGGAUAGAUGAAUUUAGUAGCAUGUUUUUUUCACGACAUAAUAAUAAUGAAAAUACGAAUUUAUCUAUUAUAUUCAAAGAAAAUUACUCUGAGAAGAUUGAUGAAGAAAAAAAGAAAAGAAAAAAAAUAUAUAAAACACAUGAACAGUUAAAUAGAGAAAAAAUGAAAUCAUCAUCACCGAACACAGAAAUAAAAAAAACAGAUGAUGAAAACGAUGAAGAUUAUGAUGAACAUAAUGAUGGUGAGGAAGAAGAUGAUGUAGACAAUUUAAAUCAUGUGUAUGUUCAUAUUAAAAUAGAUUCGAAAAAUAUGGAUAUGAGCUCUAUUAUUGACAAUGUUACCAUUUAUAAAAGAUUAAAAUUAGAUAUAUAUAAUUUUUUUACUAUAAACGAUUUUUACAAUAAUAUGAUUACCAAUUUAAAUAUUAACAGUUUUAUGUACUUAAUAAAAAUUUUAAUGAUUAAAUGUUCAGUUACUAAACUAAAAGAUUCGCAUAACACAGUUCAAAACACUAGAUCUGAUUUUCAUAAUUCAAGUAUGAAAAUGCAAAUUAUGACAAAUCACAAUUAUUCAACAAAUGAUAAAUACACAAGUACGCAUAAUACACAUGAAAGUAUAAAUGAUUCAAAUCCAGUUUUAAUAAAUGCAGACAACUGCUUUGAUUUAUUUUAUACGAGUAAAGAAAAAUUACUAACUUCGCAAAUGCUUUUUCACGUUAUGUAUAUUAAGAUAAACUACACCUAUGUGUUGUAUAAUAUGAUAUGCAAUAUGAACAGGAAGCGCAGUACAAAGAUAAAUAAAGAAAGACCUCUUCAAAAACAGCAUGAUAAAAGCGAGGAUAAAAAAAUAGCCGUUGAAAACAAUUUAUAUACGGAUGAAGCGCUGAGUGCAUAUAUGGGCCAAAGUGCUAAAGUGGACAAUGAUGAGGAAAAAAAAAAAAAAAAAAAAAAAAAUAGAUAUGACCUUACUUUGAAUAACAUUUAUGAUACAGAUAAUUCUACAAAUAUCUCUUCUAGUGACUCAGAAUACAGUGAUAUAUCUAGUGACUCUUUUUUUAUUAGAAAACAUGAUUUAUAUGUUAGUGAAAAGGAUAUGUACUGGAAUAAGGUUGAACAUGAAAAAGAAAAUACCUCAAAAAAUGAUGAGCUUUCCAAAUAUCAAGAUGAAUUUUAUAAAAUUUAUUCAUACACAAAUGAUGAGGACGAUGUUGGGAAUGAUGAUUCAUGCAGUGAAACGGAAAUGGAUGAUAGUAGUGAUGAAAUAAGAGUUCAUGCGAAUGAUUGGUACAAUGAUAACCACACGGUUGGCCAUAUUUAUGAUGAACAGAAAAGCGAACUACAGAAUGAAGAAGAAAAUAAAACUUUUAGUGAUGCUGAAAUGAAUCGUAAAUGUAUCCCCUUGAAUGGUACGAGUAAUGGGAAAAAAGUACAUAAUACAAAAGAAAUUAUAAAGGUGAAAACAAAUUCAAGGAAGAAUGUGAAUAAAUGCAACUUUACAGACAAAACGAAUGAAUUUUUAAUUGAAAAAAUUAAAAUUGAUCUAUACAUAAAAACAUACAUUAUGCAUUUAAAAAUUACAGUAAUUACAUUUGAGCAUUUUUUUAAUUUGUUAAAUAAAUUCCUAUUAGUUAAUUAUGAUAGCAGCAUUUUUGUUAAUAUUUAUAAUAGUAUUUUUAAAUACGAUCAAAUGGAAGAUUUAAAAUAUGUAACAGAAGAAGAAAUAUUAAACGACAAUAAAUCGUUCUAUCACAUUUAUGAGGAAAACUUUGAAAAUAUCGAUAAAAAUCUAAAUUAUAAGGGAGAAAAAAUAACUAUGAAUGAUAUUGAAAAGAAUAUGUUUCUAAUAAAAAUUCCAAAAACAGAAUCAGAAGAAGAAGAUUGGUUGUUCAUUGAACAGCUUAUUAUGAGUAUUAUCAAUUUCUCUUAUAUUUGCUUUAAUAUAUAUAAAGAUGGUAAGAAUAAAAUGAGCAAAAACAGAUUAAAGAAAACGAAAGUAAACAUAUCUUUUGAGAAUAGGUACACAAAACUUAAAGAACAAAAUAGCAAAUUUUUUUUUCUAUGUGGAAUAUAUCUUAUGUACAUUUUACAGUUUCUAAAGAAGAAUAUUUUAUAUUGUUUUAUCGAUAAAAUAAUAUAUGUAUUAGAGAAAAUAUCAAAGAAUGUGUAUGUUAAUAGCUGUAUCAUUAACAUAUAUCUACACAUGUUACAGUUGAUUACACCGAAUAAUAUAUUAUACAAAAAUACAAAUAAUACAAAUAUAUCUUUAAACGAUAAAGAUAUAUAUAUUUACCUAGAGAAGGCAACAAUAUACACAGAAAGCAUUAACAAUAUUAUAAACAAUAAUAAUGUAUUGUUAAAAUUGAACAAUUUCAAUAUUGAAAAUAUUAUACUCUCCUUACUUCCGUAUCUACUAUACUUUAAUAAUAAAAAAGAAGAAAUUAAUGCACAUAUAGCUUCCAUUAAUUCGGAAUGUUUACAUAUUAUAUCGAAUAUAUAUUACAAAAGUAUUUACAUGUAUAUGAAUAAUUCGAUGAAGACAAACAAUAUAGAUAACUUGAAAGAAAAAUGCCAAGAUGAUAACUAUAAUUCCAGUUUGUGUAAAAAGUAUAAUGACAAAAUUUCAUUUGAAAAAAUUAUUGAAUUAAAAAAAAUGUAUAUAUUUCUUUUGAUGUGUUUUAUUUUAUCAUUGGCAUGCUCAUUUAGCUCAAAGAGAACAAGAAGUGAAGCCUACAUAAAAUUGCAACAGUUCCUAUUUAAUGAAAAUUACAUUUUCAAAAAGGUGAAAAAAUCAAAGGGGAAAAACACUACCAAUAACGGCACAAGCAGUAACACCACUAGCAGUAACACCACUAGCAGUAACACCACUACCAAUAACGCCACUACCAAUAACAUCACUACGAACAAUACAAAUAAUAAUAAUAAAAAUGAAAAAAACAAUAAACAUGAAAAAUACGUAUAUAGGGACGAAAAAUUAAUAGACUUAAUUAGCAACUUUAUUAUUUUACCGUUAAUUACAUACAAUUAUUAUUUCCCCUUUAUAUGCAAAAAUAUAUAUGUAGACAAAUCGACAGAAAGAGAGGAAGAAAAUGAUGAGAAAAAUUGCGAAAAUAAUAAUAGAAAUAUGACCUUAAAUUCAAAGAAUAAUUAUUGCAAGGAAGCCUUGCUCAACUUCAAUUUGUACAAUAAAAAGAAUAACGAUAUAUCCGACAAAAUGUGGAAACCAAAUCAAUACGAAAAUUGUGGUUGUAUUAUUAAUUACAAAAACAUAGAAACUGUGGAUCAAAAUUUACAUGUGUUAAACAAUUUAUUCAAUUAUGCAAAUGAUUAUUAUAUCCACACAAUGUUGCACAAGCAAUACAAUUACUACUUCAGCUACUUGUACGCCAAAAAAAUGUUAACGUAUGAUAACGUUUGUUACAGGAAAAGUAUGAGUAUUAGCUUUGUAAGUCAUAUCAUUUUGUCCUUCUUAUAUUCGUUACUAAAUUAUUUAGGGGAUUCUUAUGAUUAUAACGAUUAUAACGAUUAUAAUGACUAUAAUGAUAAUAAUGAUAAUAAUGAUAAGCGUACAAAGAAAAACGAGGAAAAGGAAAAAAAUUCAACUUUCGGAAACGAUGAAAUGAAAAGUUCACAUCAAAACGAUUGUAUGGAAGAAAAUAAUAUCAAUUUGUAUGAACUACUCUGCUUAAAUAAUGAAACGACGUGUAAUAAAAUUGUAACAAAAACCAAAUGUGAAAGUAAUUGCAUUUACUACUUUUUGAAGCAUUUUUACCAUGCUUUGCUAACCAUUAAAGAAGAAGCCAAGAAAAUUUUAAAUAUUUAUAAAGAGACCUUUAUUGAAAACAUCAAAAAUAUUAUAUACGUUUCAUCGUCUUAUGCAUAUUGUCUAAAGGAUCAUCAUGUUAACUGCUUUUCACAUAUCAAAAAUGGCUAUUUUUUUCUAAAUAAAGAAGAAAAGAGUCUCUUGAAAUCAUACAAUAUAAAAGAUGUAGAAAAGGCAGAAAAAGAAAAAAAGGAACAAGUGUGUGACAACGAGGUUUUUAAGAACAUAUCCAAAUUACAAAUCAAUGUCAGAAUUAGUAUAGUUAUCGUAUAUUACAUUUUAUACACAGAUAACAAUCAAAAUGAUCAAUUUAAAAAUAUCUUCGAGGAAUUAUUAAAUAUUUUGUUGACCAAAUAUAGCAUUGAGUCAGAUAACAAAGAGGAUAAUGCAGAUUCUAACCUUAAGGAUAAAGCGGUGGUUGACCAGGAAAAACAACCAGGAAUUAUACCGAAUGACUCUGAGAAAAAUAAAGAAAAUAUGAACACAGCAGAGCAAAAUAAAAAAGAAGAUCAUAAUAAAAUAAAUAAGGGAGAACAAACGGAAGAAACAAAAAACACUGUAGGUGGCGAAAACAGCGAGGAAAUUAAAAAGUGA